UGCUACCUUUCUUCAACACCUUCAUCACUACCCUAUUGAUCUUCAUCAUCUUACUCUAGCUCCACAAAUGAUACCAAGGAGAUAAUCAGACUUGGAUCCUCCUCCUCUACUCAAAGGACCACCCCACGCAGCGCGGCCGCCAAGCCGCCAUGCCUGCCUUUGCAGGGCUUGGGCCAUCGCAUUCUCGACGUCGUCUCGACCACGACGAGGCUGCUUCACCGCCAGAGCAGGCUCAGCCAGUACAGCAAGUGAGCAACGAUGAUAGCUUCAAGACAGCGGCAAUCAGCGUCGAUGCUCCCCAUCUCAGCGUCGCAUCAUCCCUCCCUCAGCGCCCUCGCACGGCGGAUCCCAUACCUGUCCAACCUCCUCAUCCUCCAGCGAUCACCUCAUCUGGCGAAUCAAUAGCAUCCACAGAGUCAUGGACAAGACCAGAGGACGGCGAAGGCGAUUUUGUCCGUCGCACAUAUCUGCACUUUGAUCGUACAGGUAUCGAGGGCGACGGGACCGUGCAGGGCGAGGAGUGGACGAGGAAUCGCAGCGUCGGAGCAGCGUCUGGUAGCUCGCUCGCUCCUUGGCAGGCUGCAAAUGGCAAAAGGCAUCGUCCGAGACAGCGGCGUACGAAUAGCGCGCCAGACAGGCGUCACUUGCACCCAGGAGAUGAGCCUCUGCGGCCGCUUGCUGGUAGGAAGACGGACGAGCCGGCAGUCAAGUCUUCGCCCCUUGCCUCUUCUGAGCCUAUCACGGCUGCGACAACUGCCGCCGAGAGCGCAGUGUUUGAAGAUCAAGAGAUGGGCGACGCCGGAGGCGAGGGCGCAUCAUCGAUAGCAUCAGAAACGGCUUGGCCCGAUCUAGACCGGUACGGCUUCUUUGGCGGCCGAGACUGGGACUCGCACUCAGCCACUGGGCGCAUCGUGGUUCUACCUGCAGCAUGCUACGCCUUUGUGCCCUCUCCGUCGACAUCCGCCUCAUCAUCAAAGGGCAAAGUCAAGGUGCGAUCAGCGGCAAAGAAGGCGAAAAAGAGUCUCAAAAGGACAGGCGUGUCAGAGCAGAACUGGACUGGUUUGCCUGCGAGCGCCUCGGAUGAAGGGUGGGGUUCGUCCAUGGCUGGAGCGUCGACGGCCAGUGGACCAUCUGAUCAGGCAUCUCCUCAACCCAAUGGCGAUGCCAAGCAUGCGACGAAAGCAGAGGAGCCGCCGGAGGACGUCAUCACCUCUCUGCGCCUCCCCUCUGAAUCCCUUGGCCGCUCAAAGGAGCAAGCGCGCAUUGAUAAGUGGGCUGCUAUGCUUGCGCCGGUCGCAAAGGAGGGGGGCAACACGACAUCGUACCGUCUGACGGUUGAAGGGUUGAGGGACCGCGACAGGCUGGAAAGGAGGAUCUACAAAGGCAUUCCGGAUCGAUGGAGAGCAGCUGCUUGGUGGGCAUUGCUGCAGCGAGAAAGCGGCAGCGCAGGGGAGUCGUCGUCAGCGAGCUUCGCACCUUCUCACAGCACUUCACAGCAGCCAGUCGAUGCGAGCAAUGGCGCAGGCGCAGCUUCUUCAUCAGCUCAAUCAUUCCCCUCGCACGGCCAUGUCAACCCCAGUCCAACACCUAGCAUCAAUGGCGCUGCGAUGUCGCAAUACUCGCGCCUCCUCACUCUCCCGUCCCCAUAUACGGUGCAGAUAGACCUCGACGUGCCUCGUACUAUCAGCAACCACGUUCUCUUCCGCACUCGCUAUGGGUGGGGGCAGGUACGACUCUUCAAGCUUCUCCACGCUUACAGCCUUGGCUGUUCGGAGUGUGGAUACUGCCAAGGGAUGGGCGGAAUAGCGGUGGUCAUGGUGAGCCUCUUUCCGGAAGAAGAGAAAAGUUGGGCUGUCCUUCGACGGCUGCACGAUGGGCCAACCCCAGACGCAAGCCUUGCCCCCUCGUCAGCACUGCAUCGUCUCUUCUCCCCUGGCUUUCCCUUGCUCCUCGAACUCUUCCACGUCCAAUCAGCGCUUCUGCGCACUCUCUUCCCAUCCUUUGCGCGCAUCCUCGAGGAUGCCGGCGUAGAGGCGAGCAGCUAUGCGACGCGCUGGUACAUGACGUGCUUCUACGGCGUCUUACCAUGGGAGACUUGCUUGCGAGUGUGGGAUGUAUUGAUGUGGGAAGAGGGCGGCCACGGCGGCGCAAAGGAGGAGAGAGGGUUGGAGUGGGUGUUGCCCCUCGUGGGGUUGUCCAUCCUCUGGGCGGUGGGACAUCGCGUGGUCACGUCUGGCCCGUCGGCUGCAGCGUGGGACUUUGAGAGCCUCCUCUCCCUCUUAUCCUCGUCGAACCUCUUCGUGCCGCAGGACGACGAUGCCCUCCUCUUGUGGGUGAGGGGGCUGCGCAACGAUGCGCGCGUGAGACGAGUGAUGGCGCAGGCGGUCGAGGAGUGGCGUGCUAUGCAGUCAUGACGUGAUUAAUGAGGAUGAAUGUAUUGACAUGAAAUUCACGAAUGAUGGUCGUCGUCGUCGUGAAGGAUAGAGAGGAAAAGAGCGUCGACGUCGUCGUAUCUAGCUCGCAAUCUAAUGCCAGCCAAACAUACCCACCCCAUCCCUCACUUUGGCUACAUCGCUCGCACUGAGGUGAGGUUUCUGGCUCUGGAAGAAAUCCUCCCACAACCUGAUCAGCUCUGCUUCUCCCCUCACCU